GAGGACCCUCCCUACAGCCCGCUGUGAGAUCAUCACACUUUUAAUUAGACCAGAUCUGUCAAUUAACAGGAAGUCAGCUGGUCUCUCUCAGCCUUUUAAAAAGCAGCCGACACAAACCUCCAGCAGGAUUCUGACAGAGACUCAAACCAGGUGAGCUACUUUCUCAUUUUUCAGUGUCACAGAAACAGCAAGUUUGUCUUUGACAGUGGGUUAUUUUUGUGUUUUAUGCUCAUUUUCAGAUUUAAGGAAAGAUGCCUUACUCCACAUUUUGUGCUGCUAUUCUGCUGGUGUGCUCUUUGACAUUCACUGCUGCCCAGAGUGAGUUAAAGAUGUUAUUUUAUUAAGAAUGAUUUUAUCUAGCAUUAUCUAUUACCUGAAAAGCACUCUUCAAUACUGUGAUCACCAGAUAUUUGUCUUCAGAUAAAGGUUUUCAUGGAAUAUUUCACUUGUUCUCUGUGCGUGUGCUCAUCCAUGUUUACUCUCUUGAUAAAUAGUUACCCUCAAAAGUCAAUAUCGGGCACAGCUGUAUUAUUUACAAGCUGUGUCCUCAAGCGCACUGGGUUGUUGGAGAAAAUAACACAGAAACUUUAAAGGCACAAGUUCUAUUUUGCUUAUGUUUCUAAAAUACUGUAUAUUGUUAUUCUUGCCUAUAUUUUUCAUAAACAGCAAGCUGCAGAGGUCGAUGUGGCGCAGAGUAUUACAGGGGUUACAUGUGUCAGUGUGACUAUACCUGCUUGUCAUAUGGAGAGUGCUGCAAAGACUUUGAAGCUAAAUGCACAACAAGUAAGAGUUUUAUCAAAACAUAAGUGUUUUUCAUGCCUAUUUAUAACUAAUUUAUACAUCAUUUGCUCAAUGUUUCUGUCUGCCAAAGAAAAUUUAAAACAAUAUGAACAAUGAAUGUGGUUUAGACUUUCUCUUUUGUUAGGUCUCUUGAGAAGAUUUUUAUGAAUUGACACUUAAUAAAUAAUGAUUGUUAUUCAUCAAUGAUUAUUUUACCUAAUUUUUUCCCACAGUUUAAAAGAUCAAAUCAAAAGUCCUGAGUGGUCUCAGAAAGGUCUGUUUUGCUAAAACUUGCUGCGUUUGUGUGCAUCAGGAGACUCCUGUAAAGGUCGGUGUGGAGAGGGUUUUAAAAGAGGCAGGCUCUGUAGCUGUGACAUGGACUGUGUUAAGUACAAACAGUGUUGUCCAGAUUACGAAAACCACUGUGAUGCAGUAGGUAAGUCCUCUUUAGACAUGAUUCGCUGUGAGCACGUGUGCUAUGUCAUGCAUGAUGAUAGAUUUAUCUUUGCAUUUUGUAUUCAAUAUUAUGUCUAUGAAUGACCUACAUUAAGAGGACAGCAAAUACUCAUGAGCAUGAAUUGCUCACAAAUCUCUUGAACCGUUUGUCAAAAAGACACAGUGAUAAUAAUGUGUUAAUAAUUUGCACCUUUCCCAGUCAUCCUAAGUUUUUUUGUCUGACAACAAUCAGAGUUACGGCACAUUGAAACUCAUACAUGUGCAUGAAAGAUAAAGUGGGCAUAAGUCAGACAUGGAAAACCUGCAUGUCCACCAGCAUGUGGAACAGCAUGCAUGGCAUGCAGUAAUCUGCACCAAUGCAAUGGGUUAAUAUUUACAAUAUUCUCUGUCUUGAUAAUCAUCACAGAGGAAAUCAGUGAAGAAACAAGUGAAACAGCCCCAGGGAAGACUAUUUCAUGUGAUAAUAUCAAUAGUAUCAAACCAAAAGGUAUAUCUGACCUGAAAAGGAUCUCUUUUUAAAAUUAAAGUAACUUAGGAUCAAAUGAUUGUUUUAACAGGAUCAACUGUCUCAUAUUUAUUUCCGAAUAUUCCCACAGAGCCAGCUGCGAGUGGAGCAACAGAUCAAGAUUCUACAUUCAGCGAGGGAGACAAUACAGGUGACAUGUUUUCUGAAAUACUUUUAACCUUGAUUAAACAAGGCAUAUGUCAGGGGGAAGGCAGGAUGAUGUUUGUGGCUGACCUGAAAACACCCGCUCUCUUCCUUUGGUUUUCUAAGAGGCCAAGCCUCCACCAGAACCAGCCAAAAGCAUGGGCCUCAGCAGCCAAAAUAAAGACAAGGGAGUAGUGUUGUUCUGAGUAUGUGGGACGGUUACGGGCACAGGCUCAGUCACAAGAAAAGGAAAGCACUAAAUGAAGCCAAGAAAAGAUGACAGAGCUUUCUCUUGAAGGGUUUGAUCCAGUACUUGGCAGGGAAACUUUUGAAGGUGGAGAUACUCUUGCAUCUGAAGAGACGUAGAAACGUUUCCGUCUGGAAAAUUCACAUUGUACGCCCAGAAAACAUAAAUGCAGGAAAAUAAAGCUGCUUUUGAUGAAAUUAUGAUUGAAUAUUCACAAUUACACUUAUGACCAUAUAAUUUCCUUGGUCAGUCCACAAGAUGACCUCAGUGAUGGUGAGUGAUUAUGUGCAUUGAUAAUAAAUAAAAGUGUUUUCCUGUAAGUAAAUCUAUAAGAGUUUGACAUCCAGGCGCUUAACUCUCCUUACUUUUAAAUUCUUUUAGAUAUGCACACCCAGAUUUUCCCUGAUGAUGAUUAUUCUUACAAUAAUGUGGAAAACCCUGAAGCCACUCCGAUCCCUGAGAGCACCAGCGGCUACGGAUCAUUUACAACUGACCUCCUGGAUCUGUUUUCAACUGAACCCACCCAGGAUCCAAACACUUUUGAGACCAGCACAGAUGCAGAGACAACUACCUCUCAGGCACAGACAACAACUUCCAAAGAUGAUAACCUCAGUACACUCCCAACAAACGUUGAAGAGGUCUCCACUGACAGCCCAGGUAUGUAAAUCAGUGAAUAUCAGACCAUGUUACAUUGAUGGGGCUUCAAGCUCAACAAUAUACAAAACUAAUCUGACUUUACAGCCAUUUCUUUCCAUUUGUAUGCACUGUAAACUACCAUCUAGAUCACUUAAUAGUAGCAGAUGGGGAAUUAAGGACCUUUCUCAGUUUUGGAGGUGUCUGCAUCAGAAAUCACUUCUAAUAUUUUUCCUUUUUAGCACAAUCCCCCUUCACAGUCUUGCAGUCACUUUUAAUUUACAAAGUUCUCUGAAUCUGAAUGUAGGAGUUUAUAACCAUGUUUGUCCUCCAGAUGCUGAUGAUUCCAUGACCUCUGGAACAACUCCCCCUCAGCCAACAACAGCAGCUGUCUCCAGCCGGCCUGCUUCACCAGCGGAUCCCCCAAGAGGGGAUACUCCUGGCCCCGAAAUCCCAGAGCCUGAGAUAGAAGCACUCCCUGAGAGUACCAUUUCCCCUGAGGCACAGAGUACAGACCCAACUGCAGCCUCCACUGAUGAUCCAGAUGUUACAACCCUAUCUCCAGACGCAACCACCAGUCCAGGGUCCACAGAACCCACGCAGGACUCCUCUGCAGAUUCCACCAGUCCUGCCUCAUCAACGCUGGACCCAACAACCGUCCCAACAGAGACCAUUUCAACCCUCAAACCAGAUAACAACAACUUAGAAGAUGUUACAGAACCUACAUCCUCUCUGCCAGACCUUGAGGGCUCUUCCAGUGUCUCUCCUACAGACCCAGAACCUGAUGCCUUCACAACCGAUUUUCCCUCAUCUACAUACACUAUGCCAGACGAAGCUACAGAGGAUGUUACACCAGGAGGGACCACAGCAGAUACAUUUGAUCUCACCCCAGUCCCAACUGAACCUACAACACCUGAGGCCACCUCCAAACCCCAGGACAAACCUGAGGUGUUUAAGCCAUUGCCAGUGCCAGUGAAACCAGCUGUGGGUAAACCGGGCUCCAAACCUGAGGUCAAACCUCUGGAUGUUGGACAGUCUAUCACUGUAGAUGAUCCCAGAGAUUACCAAGCAGGUGAGAACUGCCUUAAACAUGAAUUCUGUGGCUCGUAGAGGAGAAAUCGUCAAUCCUGUAAGACUCUACCAGCGACUCACUUAUUUAACAAGAAUCUUACACUAUUGCAAAAGCGGAAGCAUCCAGUUUCUGGCUCAUUUUUAUGACUGUUCAUAGUUUGCUUUAUGAGCUUCGUCAUUUUUUCAUUAUGCCUCUGGGUUCAACAGAACCUCUCUCAAAGCAUGGCCACACUAUAUUAGACAGAGGUGGCUGUUUUUACACACUGUAAAUGACCCCGACAGCCCUUUAAAAGUUGAAAUGAGGCUUUGAAAAUAAUACUUUGAAAGAUGGGGUAAACAGAAAGUCCCUCAGCUCAGCUACCAAAGCACAAAAGUACAUCUAACACCCCAUAACUCAGUCUGUAAUUGUGUGGUUUCCUUGUUUUUUUAUGUGUAUCCAAACAGAUGGUUUCCCUGAUAAUUAUGUUCUGUUUUUCCUCAGAUGACAGCAAUGAUACAAAUCUAUGUAGUGGGCGGCCAGUCAGUGGAGUCACCACGCUGAGCAACGGCACAAUUGUGGUUUUUAGAGGUGAGAGCCAGCCAGGCAGUUGAUAUUGAAUGCUCAUGAUUGUGGUAGAGAGGUGCAUACUGAAGUAUUUUACUCUUGAAUUCCGUCUAAAACCACUCUCAGGUAUAUUUUUGCAGACUAAAUUUCUUAAAUGAGGUUGUAUGUAUGGGCUGUCCUUAUAUAUUGUUCACUUUUUUUUUCAGGACACUUCUUCUGGAUGUUGGACAGUAACAGGGUGCCGGGUCCAGCCCGUGGCAUCACUCAAGUGUGGGGCGUCCCCUCCCCAAUUGACACUGUGUUUACUCGUUGCAAUUGCCAGGGCAAAACCUACAUUUUCAAGGUAGAUUUACAAAUAGAACUUAAGGGAUUUCAUGAGUGCGCUUAAUCAGGUUGUAUUUUUGCUUUUCAAAAUAUAUGUGUAGCUUAUGCUUAUUCGAUCUUACAUUUGUUAAUUCACCUGCUUUUGGUUUGUAAUCCUUAUAGGGGCCCCAGUACUGGAGAUUUGAGAAUGAUGUUUUGGACCCUGGCUAUCCACGGGUCAUUGAAACAGGCUUUGAUGGGCUCCGGGGUCACAUCACCGCCGCUCUGUCUGUGCCUCAGUACCAGAGGAGGACAGAGUCGGUCUACUUCUUCAAGAGAGGUGAACUACUGUGGACAAAUUAUCUCAAGAUUAGUUGUAAAUAUAGUUAUAUAUUUUCAAGUAUCGUCUGAGUGAACUGUUGUGAAAUUGACUCCUGUCUGGCUCUUUUAGGGGGAACAGUCCAGAAAUAUUCAUACCAGUUCGGCACCAGUCCAAAGUGUGGCAGGAAACCCCAGUAUGCCAUUUACACGGUCAAAAACCGGAUAGUGCGCCAAGCAGGUACUUCAGGAGCUGAAAGACAAACCUGGUCUCUUUAUGAUAACAUCCAUUAAUAUGUAACAUCCAUUAAAAUGUAAUACUAGACAAAAAAGACAAGGAAAUAUGAAGCCACCACACACUAUGAAUCUCAGAUUGCUCACAAUACAGUUUGGGGCACUUUAGUGGGGAAUACAGGGGUAACUUAUAAAUAUUGCAAAACUAAAGGCCACAUAUACAUGCAUAUAACUUGAAAAGUUAAUAUUUUAAAACUUCACAAAUACUAAAAUGAAUUGCAAUAUUAACACGGUGUUGCAGUUAUAAUAGAUAAGAUGAAAAGGAGACUAAAUCUUAACAUUAAGAGAUGUGUAUCAUUUAAAUGCAUGCAGAACAUGUGAGCAACUCUCAGCUGUUACUUUCUUUCUCUUUUUGUGUUGUAAAUAAUUUACAUUUUUGUGUUUUGUUGAGCAGCAAGUUUGGGUGGAGCAGGUAAAUUAUAGCCUACCUCUUUUUCAUGUGUGGUCUUGUAAAAUUUUAACAGUGAGGGCCUUACUGGGUGUUUGUCAGGUAUUUACCAGAUUUACUCAGGCUCAAGUAAACAUGUUUUAUUUGAGUUACUUCACAAAGUUCCCUGAAAAAAUGAGUCAUGCCUCUGUGGUAGAGGUGAGAGGGGCAGAGAGAUCCAUCCGUUGUAAAUUAUUAGCAAGCCAAGGUUCAGUUCCUGUGAACCAUGUAUGGCACUUCAACUGUUAAAGCGUCAAAACGGGGGAAAAAAUGGCAUAAAAGUGCAGUUGAAAUGAAAAAAAAAAGUGGUUUAAACGUGACUAAAUUUACCUUCACCUGUCUCAUUUCCAGUGUCUGCUCUGGGCCCAACUAUCAACAUCCGGACGUCCUGGAGAGGUUUCCCCUCUACCAUCACAGCUGCUGUUUCCAUCCCGACCAACAGAGAAGCAGAGGGGUACAAAUACUACGUCUACUCUAGAUGUAAGUUACUCUAUACUGGUUAAUAUAACAGCCGGAUGUCUUAGAGGUUACAUUAAGUGUGAUUCCCUUAAUUUAACAAUAUAUGUUUAGUAUGUGAGUUAAGCAAAGGCAUGGAGACGACUGUUGAUUUUAGUUCUGUUUCAAUGGUUUUGUGUGAAUUGCCAUCGUAAACUAAACCCCUCCACCAACAACAUUUCAGGUGAAGCACCUCGCAUAAAAUAUUCCGUUGUAUGAAGUCUGAAUAAGCAUACCAUGUCAGCAAAGUUAAAUGCAGAUCCAUUAGGCAGAAAUGGGCGUGUUUUUAACACUAACAAAUCCCUAGACUUAAACAAACAAUCCUAGUCUAUCAAACUGACAAAGAUGUGGUCGAGACUGUUUAGAAAUUUAGUUGCUUUGCUUCAAAAGGAUAAAUAUUUUUUUUUCUUGUCUGUCUGCUGCAAAACUUUCUUGUAACUGUCACAUCAUGUCUGAAAAGCAUAAUGAGGACCAUGUGUCAGAGUGUGUGUCAGGGUGGGGUUGGGGGAUUAUAGGAGAAGCAUACUGUUGGGAUUAUAGGCAGAUGGAAAGGUCAUUUGAGGCAUCCAUCACCAAAGGCUCUUGUUUAAUGUGGAGAAACAGUAAAAGUUUCCAUUUUAAUGUUAAUACCUGUGGUAGAAAGAGAAAUGCAUUUCCCGUGUACGUAAAACUUUCAUGUCUAGUCUUGUAUGUCAUCACAGAAAAACUGGACCUCUCAAAACAUAUGUCUUGUUGUAGCCAACAGCUGUCCAAGCUAAAUGAGAGCUCUGAAGUCAGGACUGUCUGAGGACACCAAAUUAACAUUCACUCAAAUGGAAACUGGCACAAACAUGGAUUCAAAGUAUAUUCUCAACACCAGACAUAAAUUAAAAAUGCUAAAUCAACAACCAUUCUUUUCAUUCUGCAGCCAAAUCCUACAAAGUGAGGAUGGACGGGGGACGUCCGAGCAUAGCUGCUCCUGCAGCCAACGCAUCACCGCAGGUUAACGACGUCUUCAAAUGCCCCAAGAAAGUCUGAUUGAAGGAAAGGAUGUCUACAUGUAGAUUCAAAGUUUAUUUCAAUCUUCAUAAAACACUCUGCCGCAGCAUGGACUGGUUACAAAAGGUACUUUUUAAGCACACUUAAUAAAAAUAAAAGUAAAAAACAUCAACAGGCUUUUCAGCAUGGACAUUUGUGAACAUCUGAACAACUUAACCAAAACUCUAAGGGUUUUUAUAUGGUUCUGAUGGGAAUGACAAGUUUUUUGUUGUUCAGAUUAGUGCUUUAUCUAUGGAAUCGUCUUCCAUGGACACCCCGAGAAAACCGUGAAGGAAACCCUUGACCUGUUAAGAAAGAAAACAUUUUUAAUAGUGGAACGCCUGCUACACUGAUGUAAAAAUUCUGUACAGCGCUGUUUAAAAUGUUAUUAUGUUGGCAUAAUAUCUUUUUUUAUUUGUAUUAACAAUCAACUUUUAUUAUAACAAUAUGUCAAUGCAAAUUACUGUCAUUAAAGUUUGACAAAUGCUUUGCCAGACUGUGCAUAUUGUGAUCAUACUGUAUGACAUGUCAGCAUUUAAUACAUGUAUAUCUACAGAAAAUAAAAUGUGUUUCUAUGCAGCUACAGCAAAUGAGUAAAAGAAUAAAGAAAACUAAAGAUCAUUUUGUGGUAACAAGUGAACUUAUUCAGUGUUUUUGGGAGUCCUAUAAACCAACCUGAAAAUCUGCUACACUAAAUCAAAUGAACAAUAAAUAUCAUAAUGUUA